AUGCGGGAAAGACAGUCUGCCAGUAGGCAUACCCAACCCCAGAUAUCUUCAUUUUUCGUCCAGAGCCCUGCGACGAAGAAGCGUGCACCCGUUUCUUUGGACUCUCCCAUAGACUUGACUUUAGAUGAUUCUGACGUCGAAAGGCAGCCCCCGAUAAAGAAACUGAAGUCGAAACACCCCGAGUCCCCUACAAGUCAGUGGCGCUUUGACACCUCCUCCAGAGGGGAGCAUUCUGGCACAGCGAGCAUACAAGAACAUAAAACACGCUCACGAGCAGACUUUGAACGUAUUCUACUUGGGACAGGCCGACAGUCUGGAUACGCUGACGACAAGGGGAACUCAAGCGCGGACGAUGAUAGUUCUCAGAAUGGAAAUGAUUCAGACCCUGCGUUCACUGAACUCCGAGCAAUGUUUUCUCUCAAACCCACCAAGGGCAAGGGGAAAUCGUGUGAGAAGUCCCUGGUUAGAAAGACUAAAGCAGCCGCAGAGAUCGGGCCCAGUGGCGAGACUUAUACACCCUACGAGGUUCAGGCUUUAUCAUUCAUUAAAGACCAUCCUGGGACAAUCCUAAUGAUUGAGAAAGGUUACAAGUUUUAUUUCCACGAAGAAAGUGCCAAAAUUGCUAGCGGAGAGCUCGGAAUUAUUGCUUAUAUGAAGCGGAACCUUCUCACUGCCUCUAUUCCCGUUCACAGGAAAGAAGUACAUAUGAGGAAGCUCCUCUCCAAAGGUCACAAAGUUGGUAUCGUAGAGCAAACAGAAACGGCCGCCCUCAAGAAAGCGGGCGAUAACAAGAACACUCUGUUCGAGCGCAAACUUGCUGAAUUGUACACAGCGGCAACCUAUGUCGAUGAGGUCGGUUCUGUCGACGACCUCGAUAAAUACUCUGCACCACCCCUCUUGUGCCUUGUAGAGGCUCGUAAAGACGACUCUGCUGAAGGUGAAAUUAGCAUCGGCAUGAUUGCGAUUACACCAAGUACCGGCGAUGUUAUUUGGGACGAAUUUCAUGACACUGUCAUGCGCGUCGAGCUCGAGACAAGACUUGUUCAUACAAGGCCUGCAGAAUUGCUAGUCGCUGGCGAAGGUCUUACCAAAAUGACUCGAAAGGUUUUGGCACAUUUUACGAACCUUACGGCCUCCAGCGCUUCUCAUGACCAACGAAUAAGGACGGAACAUUUCAACUCUGCAAUGAGCGGUUCGGAAGCUUUUGAUUUUAUCACAAAUUUUUACACGACCAAAUCUACUGCCAGCACCGAAGAGCUUAGCUCAGACAAAAUUCUGGCUAUUGUCGCCGGCCUCCCGCAACUAGUUGCCAUAUCUUUAGCACAAUCCAUUAAAUACCUCUCAUCAUUCAGCAUUGCCGAUGCGUUUUUAGGUGUGAAGUUCUUCACAAGGUUCACCGAGAGGUGUCAUAUGCUUCUCAACGGCAAUACCAUGACUAACCUUGAAAUAUACCAGAAUCAGACUGAUUUCACUACGCAAGGUACAUUGAUGUCGGUUUUGGAUCACACAUCCACGAAAUUUGGGGCGCGGCUUUUAAAGAAUUGGAUUGGCAAGCCAUUGACAAACAAGCUGAUCCUGAACCAGAGAAUAGAUGCUGUGGAAGAAAUCAAGUCGAGCAAGUCACCACAACUAGUGGAGCUUUGCCGUGUCCUGAAAAGACUCCCUGACCUUGCCAAGGGUCUGUGCCGCAUCCAGUACGGGAAGUGCACAUGUCAAGAACUUGCAUCGCUUCUUUCGGCUUUCCAAAUCAUUGUCCGCGCAUUCCCGGAACGUUCAGAGGAGUUUCAUUCAAAGCUCUUGAAUGAUAUCUUUUCUUCCCUCCCGAAGUUAAAAGCACCAAUAAAAACUUUAUUGGGCGCAAUCGACAUCGAGAAAGCUACCAGUGGCAGGAAAGAUGAGUUGUGGACAGAUCCGGAGCAAUUUCCAGCCUUGGACGAGUAUAAGUUGCUAAUUGAAACUGUGAAGUCGGAGCUUGAUGAGGAGUUGAAGUCAAUCCGUAAACUUCUCCGAAAACCGUCCCUCACGUGGAAGACUGUAGCGGGCACCGAGUACUUGGCUGAAAUCAAGAAGUCGGAAGAUCGAAUGGUACCCACUAAUUGGGUGGUGGUGUCUGCAACCAAGUACCUGAGGCGUUAUCAUACCCCAGAGGUCAAGAAGUUCAUUGAUGAACUAUCUCGAUAUAAAGAAGCUCUUAAUGCGGAAGCUAACAAGGCCUUUGCAUCAUUCCUCAGUUCCAUUGCUUCAGACCACUACUCGGUAAUGCGGGAUGCGGUCAAUAAAUUAGCUAUAGCAGAUUGCCUACUGAGUCUGGCACAUGUGGCCCACCAACAAGGGUACGUUCGACCAGAGUUCAUCGAAGGAGAUUCCCUGGAAAUUGUGGAAGGACGACAUCCCAUGAUUGAGGCAUUACGAACGGAUCCCUUCGUUCCAAACACGUUAUACAUGGGAGGUGAUCAUCCCAGGAGCAGUGUCAUUACGGGACCUAACAUGGGUGGAAAAAGCUCUGCUGUGCGGAUGGUUGCUCUCAUCGUAAUCAUGGCCCAAAUUGGAUCCUACGUACCUGCUCAAGUUGUUAGGCUUGGCCUAUUGGACGGGGUUUUGAGCAGGAUGGGAGCGUCCGAUGAACUCGCUCGCGGCCGGUCAACUUUCAUGGUGGAGAUGGCACAAACGAGCGACAUACUACAAAAGGCGACUCACAAAAGUCUAGUAAUUCUUGAUGAGUUAGGAAGAGGAUUCACGCAGAUGGCCAUUGCGGACGCUGUCCUUCAUCAUCUAGUGGAACGCGUGAAGUGCAAGACAUUGUUCAUCACACAUUAUCCGCUAGUAGCCACAGAAUUGGAAAGAAAAUUCCCCGAGGAAGUGCAAAAUUUGCAUAUGAGCUACACAACGGAAACCCGAAUAAAUGGAACUCGGGAUGUGACUUUUUUGUAUCAACUCACCCCUGGCGUUGCUCUCGAGUCGUUUGGCGUUGAGUGUGGUCGUCUUGCAGGUCUUCCGGACGAUAUUCUUCGUAUCGCAUCAGAGCGCUCUGAGCUUUGCAGGACUGUCACUGAACAGCGCAUACGACGCUCCAGGUCAGUGUGCAUGCUUGCCAUCCACCUCCUUCCAGCAUAA